CCGGAAGCUCGAAGUUACCACUGAUUAUAAUACAGUGAUUUUUUUUUUCUUUCUCCUAUGUUUUUUAAAGCUUCAAUAGUGUGAACUUUGACUUACAUGGUUAUUUAAGAAUUUUGCAAUGUCAACUGUGAAGUUUGAGCUGGAUUAUCUUUCUCCUGAAGACUUCAGACAUGAGCAUGCUUCCAACCCAGAAUUUACUUUAACCUGUUUCACUGAACUUUCUGAUGAUUCUCAUCAAUUGGAACUUCAGCACUCCAAUUCUGUCCCCACUGGCUUGCAAAAUUUGUGCUCAACUCAUUGUGGGCUGGAGAAGAGUGUGGGGGCUGCCAAAGGCAAACAUAAUAAAGGUAUGAAUGUAAGCAAGAGUGAGAUAACAAAGGAAACUUCAUUGAAACCAUCCCGGAGAUCCCUGCCUUGCCUCGCCCAGAGCUAUGCCUACUCAAAGAGCUUGAGCCAAUCCACCUCACUCUUUCAGUCCACCGAGAGUGAGUCUCAGGCUCCCACUUCCGUAACCUUAAUCUCCGCGGACAAAGCAGAGCCAGUUAAUGCUGAGGAGGAUAAAAAAGACACUGUGCUCAAAUGCUCUUUUGCUGACCUCAGUGACUUUUGCUUGGCCCUAGGGAAAGAUAAGGAUUACAUGGAUGAAUCAGAACAUGCUAAUUAUGACAGAUCUCGGCUAAUCAAAGACUCUGUUCCCAAAGAUAAUUCUGAAUCCAAGGCAAAAUUGUCUAAGAAUGACAUGAAUUACAUAGCAUCCAGUGGUCUUCUAUUCAAAGAUGGCAAAAAACGGAUUGAUUACAUCCUGGUUUAUAGAAAGUCAAAUAUACAGUAUGACAAAAGAAACACAUUUGAAAAGAACCUCAGAGCAGAAGGCCUGAUGUUGGAAAAGGAGCCAGCUGUCGCAAACCCUGAUAUCAUGUUUAUUAAAAUUCAUAUUCCGUGGGACACGCUGUGCAAGUAUGCAGAGAGGCUAAAUAUCAGGAUGCCCUUCAGGAAAAAAUGCUACUACACUGACCGGAGGAACAAAUCAAUGGGCAGUGUACAAAAUUAUUUUCGGAGAAUAAAAAAAUGGAUGUCCCAAAACCCAAUGGUUCUUGACAAGUCAGCUUUCCCAAACCUUCAAGAGUCAGACUGCUACACUGGCCCCUUCAGCCGUGCACGGAUUCACCACUUCAUAAUAAACAAUAAGGACACAUUCUUCAGCAAUGCUACCCGAAGCAGGAUAGUCUAUCACAUGCUACAGCACACGAAAUAUGAAAAUGGAAUAUCAAAAGUGGGUAUCUGUAAACUUAUAAACAACGGCUCAUAUAUAGCAGCUUUCCCCCCACACGAGGGAGCCUACAAGAGUAGCCAACCCAUCAAAACGCAUGGACCUCAGAAUAAUAGACAUCUAUUAUAUGAGCGCUGGGCACGCUGGGGAAUGUGGUAUAAGCAUCAGCCCCUGGAUUUAAUCAGGCUGUACUUUGGUGAGAAGAUCGGGCUCUACUUUGCUUGGCUGGGAUGGUAUACUGGAAUGCUGAUCCCUGCAGCACUUGUUGGCUUGUGUGUGUUUUUCUAUGGAAUAUUUACGAUGAAUGGAAGCCAAGUAAGCCAAGAAAUUUGCAAGGCCACCGAAGUCUUCAUGUGCCCUCUCUGUGAUAAGAACUGCUCGCUGCAGAGACUCAACGAAAGCUGUAUUUACGCCAAGGUGACAUAUUUGUUUGAUAAUGGAGGGACAGUCUUCUUUGCUAUUUUUAUGGCAAUAUGGGCCACAGUCUUCUUGGAGUUUUGGAAAAGGAGAAGAAGUACACUGACCUAUACUUGGGACCUUAUUGAAUGGGAGGAAGAGGAGGAAACGCUUCGUCCCCAGUUUGAAGCCAAGUAUUACAAGAUGGAGAGAGUGAAUCCCAUCAGUGGAAAACCUGAGCCACAUCAGCCUUCCUCAGACAAAAUCACUCGUCUUCUUGUUUCUAUCUCAGGAAUAUUCUUCAUGAUUUCUUUGGUGAUCACUGCAGUGUUUGCUGUUGUGGUAUAUCGCCUGGUUGUCAUGGAACAGUUUGCAUCAUUCAAGUGGAAUUUCAUCAAACAGCACUGGCAGUUUGCAACAUCAGCUGCUGCUGUCUGUAUCAAUUUUGUAAUCAUUAUGGCACUGAAUCUUGCUUAUGAAAAAAUUGCUUACCUUCUCACCAACUUAGAAUAUCCUCGAACAGAGUCUGAAUGGGAAAACAGCUUUGCUUUGAAGAUGUUCCUCUUCCAGUUUGUUAAUUUAAAUAGCUCUAUCUUCUAUAUUGCAUUCUUUUUGGGGAGAUUUGUAGGCCACCCAGGAAAUUACAAUAAACUUUUUAACCGGUGGAGACUGGAGGAAUGUCAUCCCAGUGGCUGUUUGAUAGACCUCUGCCUCCAGAUGGGCGUCAUCAUGUUUUUGAAGCAAAUAUGGAACAACUUCAUGGAACUGGGAUACCCGUUGAUCCAGAACUGGUGGUCACGACAUAAAAUCAAGCGGGGAAUACAAGAUGCGUCCAUACCUCAGUGGGAAAAUGAUUGGAACCUGCAGCCCAUGAAUAUUCAUGGACUGAUGGAUGAGUAUUUAGAAAUGGUUUUACAGUUUGGUUUUACCACCAUCUUUGUUGCGGCUUUUCCUCUGGCCCCUCUUUUGGCUUUGUUAAACAAUAUCAUUGAGAUCAGGCUGGACGCAUACAAAUUUGUCACCCAGUGGCGGAGGCCUCUGCCGGCUCGAGCAACUGACAUAGGAAUCUGGUAUGGCAUUCUUGAAGGAAUCGGUAUACUGGCUGUGAUCACCAAUGCAUUUGUAAUUGCUAUUACAUCUGAUUACAUUCCACGUUUUGUCUAUGAAUACAAAUACGGCCCCUGUGCAAGUCGUUUUGAAUAUGGUGAAAAUUGUUUAAAGGGAUAUGUCAACAAUAGCCUAUCCUUCUUUGACCUGAGCGAGCUUGGUAUGGGAAAAUCUGGUUAUUGCAGGUACCGAGACUACAGAGGUCCCCCUUGGAGUUCCAAACCCUAUGAAUUCACCUUACAAUACUGGCAUAUCCUUGCUGCUCGACUGGCCUUCAUUAUCGUGUUCGAGCACCUUGUUUUUGGGAUCAAGUCGUUCAUCGCAUACCUGAUUCCAGAUGUACCAAAGAACCUGUAUGACCGAAUACGACGGGAGAAGUACUUAGUCCAAGAGAUGAUGUACGAGGCUGAGCUAGAGCAUUUGCAACAACAACGGAGAAAAAGUGGUCAUCCUGUUCACCACGAAUGGCCUUAGUUGAUUCCUGCUGCCCAGAGGGGCAAUAGCGUUAGUGGGAAUGACAGCAACUUUAAAUUCUAGGUGGAAUCCAGGAGGAAAGCAUACCCGGCAAACCAUAUGUAUGAUAUGUUACUUGGAAAUGCAUCGCAGCCUUCUCUGGGAUUUGGAAUAUCCAGGCUUCUAGGGAAAAAUACAGGACUCAUGACCUUAAAAAAUGGUUAGAUUGACAGUGCAGGAAGCCAGGAUCUAAUUCUCAGACCCAGCCUCAGGGAGUUGUGUGUUUGGAGACCUCCACCCUCCAUCAGCUGCAGUGUCACGGGAAGGGUGAUGGUGAGGUUUCUAGCAACAGAUUUCCAUGUAAACGUUCAUAAGCCAGGCAUGCUGAAAAUCUCAUGUGGUCUUCAAUCACAUACUCUGGAACCUUGGGUUGAGUUGAGAUACUUACAGGAAAUGACUUACUAGGAAUGACUUAAAUCAGUUAUUGCCUUUGCUGCCAGAAUUCCGUGUCCCUUCAGCUUCUAGGUUUGGGGAAUUUUUCUUGUUCCUUGCUGAGAUUAUGGAUCUGUGCCACAAGGAAUUUAUGCUGCUUUACACUGACUAUGCAGUGGAAUUGUUGCACACCACCUUUAGUAGUCAAACCAAAAACUAAGAUUCUAAAAAGAAUACCAUUCAUUGAAAUAUAUUCUAUUGCAUUGGCUACAUUCAAACAUGUUGUGUCACUGGCAGAACAAGUUGCACUGCCUUUUUUUAAACAACCGAAUUCCAAUAGAGCCACAUACUUAAAAAAUAUGGGCGUUUAUUCUCAUAUUAUUUAGAAUACCACUCAUCUGUAUUUUACCGUGGAGGGCUGUUUUAUAGUAUUUUUAAUUUUUUCCUCCCUGGUUUAUUAUAACAACUCUUGCAGAAUAACAGAAUAACUUGAAAUGCUAUACAUAUGUCGGUUUUCCUUGUACCUUUGCACCUUGGCAAUAUGUAAUGCAAGUUAUAUUUUGUGCAGCUCUGAGACCAGUUACAUAGUAUGCCAUUGUGACUUGUGUAUUCAGGAAACCAGAAGCCAAAUGCUUUGCAACAACUUUAAGCUUUUCUAACAAUGUGCACUUUUGUUCAUGAGCUAAUGAAAACAAUGCAUGAAUAUAAAUUUAUAUUAUUCGUAAAAAAAAAAACCAAAAACCCACAUUUUUUGUUUUAUUUUCUUUUCGAUGAGGGGAGUUUUCUGUUAUUGUUUCUUUGAUAGACUAAUUUAGUUGAUUUUUGAAAACUCUCUAAAAACCAAGAUCAAGUCAAUUGUGAAAGACAUCAUUUUGCUUUGUUGUGGAGUUGCUAUUUCCACGUCAGCUCUGUUUGUGUUAUUGGUGUUCACAGACAGAUGAAGUGGGAAUGAUGAAGCAUUCAAGGAAAGAAAGCCUGGUGGAGGCAUAAGCAAUGGGAGCAGGAGGGGAAGGAAGAGGAGAGUUGAAGUGAGGGAACGACUGGGAGAAAUCAAGACUCCUUUCCUUGGCAAAGCAAUCAAAAGGAAUCUCAGUUUUCCUCCCCUGGGAAUGGGGCGGCAAAUGACAUAUACUCACACAUCCACAUAUAUACAUACAUAUAUGAUUCAUAAUCUUUGUCCGGUUUGUUUUUCAGUCAAUUAAACAAAGCACAGUUACUUCCAAAAUGCAUAAAGACCAGAUUAAAGACAGAGGAAAUAAAGCUACUUUGUAUAUAUGCUAGGGUGUCUCUAGUAAGAAAAUUAGAAAGUUUCUCUUACUAGAAAACUGCUUUUUAUCAUUCUAACACUGAAAAUGGUGUUUUGACUUUUUCUUCUUUUACUGCAGGGAAAAGCUGUGAUAAAUCAUAGUUGUUCCUUGGUUUGCCUUUGUCAGAAAUACUCACCUCCCUACUUGCCCUCUGAUUCUGACAGAGCCAGGGUAGGACCCAGGACUCUGAACUUCCUCCCAUGCCUUAGUCUCAUGGGACUCUUCCAUUCAGAUUCCUCUGAGGUUCUUUUUCUGCCACCUGCAUAUUCAUAGCAACUAAUUCCACUAACUACACAAAGGAGUUUUAAACUCCUCCAUUUCUGUAGCAUCUGUGGCAUUUCCUUUUCUUUGUUAGCUAAAUGUAUAACAUGCCUGAGAAUAAGUACUCUGUAUGCUUAUUGAAGACAUAAAUGAACCUGACAUUUACGUAUUUCCCAAAUUAGGGAUACGCGACAAAGACAUUCUUCUUGCAGUAGAGCAAAGAAUAAAGAUAGCCAUGCCCUUAAGAAUUCUUUCAGUUCCUUCUGAGUUGUUUUUAUAAUACCACCAUCAGGGUUUUAAAUUGCAUUGAUUGCCUGGAGAGAAAAACAUGAAAAGAGAAUG